UUCAGAUAAGGACUCUUAUCUCCUUCCGUGUUUACCGUUCCACACUACAACAGACGAAUUGGGAUCAGUUACGGCUCUCCCUUUGGGCGAUACCCACCAUCUCCUUCCGAUCUUCUCUUUUUCUUUCUUUCUCAUCGUUCCCUUCUCUUCUUCACACCCAAACGGAUACUAUGCCUUCCUCUCUAUCUUCAUCUCCGUCUCCGGACCUUCAUCUCCAAACCCUCUUGGCCUCCGCUCGUCCCUUCCUCCGGGGCGAGCUUGAAGCCGUCCACCCAAAGCUGCCUUCUCUCAUCUCUGUUCUCCGAUCAGUGGGCGCAGGCGAGUGCUGGCACAAGCAUGGAAGUUUCCUUGAACAUCUAUUCGACAUGUACAAGAUUCUCAAGCUCUGGAAGGCCCAAGAAUCGGUAUGUCUCUGCGGCCUCUUCCACUCUGCAUACUCCAAUUCCUAUGUCAACCUCGCCAUCUUCGACCCCUCCACCGGCCGCGACACCGUCCGCGCCCACGUGGGCGAUGCGGCCGAGGAGCUCAUAUAUUUGUUUUGUGUCGUCCCGCGGCAGCCCCUCAUCCACGAUGAUCUCCUCUUCCGGUAUAGUGACGAUGAGCUGGUGGAGCACCUCAAGGCUUCGGAGGUUUCGGUGAGGAAUGCCAAGGAGGGCGGUGUGUUUAAUGGAGAUGAGGCUUGGAGGAAGAAGGUGAAUUCCCUUGUUCCUCCUGGUGGGGUUACGGUGAAGCACAUCAAGACUGGUGAAGAUGUGUUGGUGUCGAGAAGGGUUGUGGCCAUUUUCGUGAUGAUGACAAUGGCUGAUUUCAGUGACCAGCUUUACGGGUUUCAGGACGCCUUGUUUGACAAUUCUAAUGGCCGCCUUGAGUUUUCUGGCAACAGCUAUGGAGCUUUGUGGCCUGGGGAUGGCAAGCCUGGGCUGUGGUUGAAUUCAAUAUCAAGAAUGGGUGCGGUUUACUCAUUGCUAGUGAGGGAGGAGGAGAUUUUCAUCGAAGAGAGGAAAAGAGUUGGUGGGGAUCAAGUGGUGAAAGGCCGAGAUGAGGAGUUAGAGCUUGUGAUACCACCGGUUUUGGAGAACUGCACGAGGGUUUUGGGCGCAGAGGAGCAAAUAGAAGCAACAGAUCUGUAUUGGGAAGCUGUUUGUGAAGGGUCAAAGAGAGGGUUGGAUUGGGCUGAGAAGUUGUUGGGGAGGUGUGUCGAGAAGAACCCAUUUGUGGGGGAGCCACAUGUGGUGUUGGCUCAGAUUUACUUGACAAAUGGGAGGUUUGAGGAGGCCGAGAGAGAGGCUGAGAAGGGGCUGAAGCUCAUGCUGGAGUGGGGGAAUCCAUGGGACAAGAGGAUGAAUUGGGAAGGAUGGAUUGCUUGGAACAGGGUUUUGCUGAUGAAGGCUAAGGAGAGGUCAUGGCCAAACACUUCUUGGGGGAUCCUCAACUUAGGGCUUGUCAAGUAAAUCAUUGAUGCAUACAACACAUUUAGAAGACCAUCUUCCUCUUCCAUCUGAUUUAUGAAUCUACCGUGAAUAAAUGCUUUUAAUUUUAUUAAACUAUGAAUUGUGAAGCAAUCAAAAGAUGAUGGUUGUGUUUGAGUGCAGGUCAUUUUCUAUGAAUAAAUUAAUGGUUGUGUCAAGAAUUAGGCAUGUCUUCUACUAAAA